UUUUCGCUUGCUCACAUUAAAAUCGAUUUGCAUAAUACUUAGUAUUAUAGCAUAUACAUAAUACAUAGUCUGUGGGUGGAAGCCACAAAUGAAAAUAAGAAAAGCAAGGACGACCUUUUGCUGAAAAUGGCGGGAGUUCAAAAAGUUCGACUCAAUAAUUUGAAUAUUAACAUUAAAAAUGCUUUGAUAGUUGGAAUCAUUAUCGCUAAAAAUAGUCCACGUACUGUCGGUUCCAAAAAGAAAAACGGAGAAUCGAGAGGAGUAACAUCUUUCACCAUUCGAGACUCUGAAAUUGAUACGAUCAAUGUCGAUGUUUGGGGCUCCGAAUACUUUGUUUUAACUUUUUACGAACGAUUUCUAAUAGGAGAUGUUGUUGAGGUAACAUCUCCGAAAAUAUGUGUAAAAACUGCCGACAACGAAACAUAUAGGCCUCAGGUCACCUCUCCCUUUUACCUGUCGUUGAACGAAGGUAUGUCUGAUGUUAGCAUCCACGGUGGUGACGCUUUCAGCAUGUAUUUACCACUUCUGCACAUACCGACUAAGCAAUCUUCUGCGUAUUAUGGACUAGCCGAAGUGCUGAAAUUACCAGAUGAAAACCAAAAUGUUUACGUUGAUUUGUUGGUCGUUGUAAAAUCAGUAAAACCUGCAAAAAACAUUAAAACAAGAACAGGUUUAGAUAUGUCAGUUCGUGGGGUGGAGAUCAUGGACAAUACAACUCCUGCAUCUCUAAAUUUGGAUAUUUUUGAUGUUGACACUAUCCAAAGAGCUGAAGAAUGGCGUCCAUUAGAAAGCGUGCUAUUCAUAGCGGACGCGCGUGUGUCGUGGCGCGCGCGCGCCGUCAGCGUGCAGGCGUGCGCGCGCAGCGUCAUCACGCAUCAGCCGCACACUGCCGACGCUGAGGCUCUCAGGCUGCAUGUACGGAACCAAGCUACUGCACCCGACGGCUCGGCGGCGGCGUGGGCGGCGUGGAGCGGGGCGGGCGCGGGCGCGGCCAGCGUGGCGCAGGUGCGCGAGCGCGCCGCCGCGCCCGCCGCGCCCUUCUGCGCCGCGCUGCACGCGCUGCUCACGCACCUCGACCUGGACGACAUCGACACUAUAGAAAAUAAUACAGAAGACAUCCGAGUGCGGUUCGCAGAUCACACCGGAGAGUUAACAGCGCGACUCCCUAUAAACGUUCUAGAGGAGACUUUAGGAUACUCGAAUCAGCAGUUGAAGUCGAUGUCAGCCGACAACCGUGCGGCAGCCCGCUGGGCCAUCUUGCUAGAACAGUGCUCAGUUAAGCUAGCAGCAUCGCCACCACGACUCUUAGUGCUGAGCCUGAGACGAGCUACGCAGGCCGACCCUAUACCGCUUUAUUAAAUUAUUUGCCACUUUUCCAAUACCUACUUUCUUGAUAUUGAUGAAUUAUAUCUAUUCUUUCUUAAAAUACAUAAACAGAAUAUAUGAGUACAAAA